AUCGGAAUUCUCGAGGAAUUUUCCGGUUUAACAAUGGUUCCGGAAUCAACAAUGGGAUUAAAUGGAGAAGAGUUUUCCUUGGAGGAGUUCGACAUUGAUUUCGAAUUUGAUGCACCUCGGUUCUACGAUUUCUCUAGACCAGAGCUUGAUUCCGAGACGGAGGAAAUCGAAAUCUGGUUCGAAUCAGCUGGAAAUUACCCUCCUUCGCCUUUUAGCCCAAAGUUCAAUUGGAAAUUUGAGCCAAUCAAGCAAAUUACAAGCACAAGCUCAGAAUCUAAGCCUGUCGAGAUCUCAAAACCUGUCAUCGAAUCCUUGGAUACGGGUCUGAACCGGAAAGAUAAAUACAACGGGUUCAUAUAUUAUAACCAAACGGUUAAAGAUGUCUCCAAGACAAAAUCGAAAUCAAAAACCAAACCAAGUAUCUCAACUCUUACAAGACCUACGGCUUCUUUGCUUGCAAGGCAGAACAAACCACUAGACAAAUACUCUGUUCAACUUCUCACAAGAUGUCAGAGAUCAUUAGGCAGGUUAGCCGAUAACUUAUCUCCGAUCUUAGCCUCCAAGUUGCAAAACCAAGACACCAAAAGGCAGAAACAGGAAGCUAAGGUGGCUCAAGUUAACUCCAACAGAAGAUCUAAACUCACUGUUCCAAAGGAACCUAAUCUCAGAACUGCAGAAAGAUCUGAAAGGCACAGGUCUAAGCUUAACUCAGAAACCGAGCAGAAUGUGAAACCAAGGAUUAUUUCAUCUAAAAGAAACAUUACGAACAAAAAUAUGAAUCUUGAACCUUCUUCAACACCUUUGCCUAAAAGUAAUACUCCACGGUCUCAAGAUCUUCAGGCGUUUCGUUUAAGAACCUCACUGAGAGCAAAGGAACGCUCUUCAAAUGCCAAAACUGAUGCCAUAGAAGAGAAUGGUGCUACAAACUCCAAAACGCUAAAACCCAUUGGUUCCUCAAAGGGUAGGAUAGUCAAAGGAAAUCACAGCAGAAAGAUAAAUUGCCAAGUGUAUGAAUCUAAUAUUUCCCCUCUGGACUCAAAGAGAUCAACAAGCAAAGAAGAACUCGGUGAAGCAAGUAGCAUCAAAUAUGGAACUCAGAACUCCUGCAGGACAGAUAUUAACAGGGGGCUGGACUUAUGCUGGAAAUACGAUUCUCAUGAAGUUGCAAGGAGCCUAAUCAUUGCUUAA